GUCACAGAAGAAUGACGUCACAAAGCUAAAUGACAGUCUCUUGGUAACAUCAUGAUUGAAAUAAACUUCCUGUUACAGAUGCUGAGUAAUAUAGGGUGAGCAUGGAAUGAUGUCGGCCCCCCCUACAUCCAAGGCCGCGACGGGAGGGGCUGAUGCCCAACGGGAGAUCGAUGCGUACCGGAAGGAAAAAGAAGAGGCGGUGGCGGAGUUGGCCAAGGUCAAGACGGACCUGGAGCAGGUCAAGAAGAAGCUCGCUGAGCUUCAAAUACUUCAAGAAAUUGAGAAGGGUAUCAAGGAAAAGCAGGCGAAUAAGUCUUCCUCGGCCAGCAAGAAAAAGAAGAAAAAGGAGAAGGAUAGUCUGGGACUGAGCACGUCUCCUUCACUCAGCCCCUCCGCCCAGCUCCUCCUCAGCCUGGCCACCCCGGCCUGCAAACACCCCAAGAUACCCGGGAUAGAAGAUGACGAGGAUUCCAAGGCAUUCUACUCGAAAGUGGCGGAAGCGUUUCCAACCAUGAGGUUGUCUGAUGUCUUGGAAGCAGAAAAGAAGUUCCUAGCUGCUGACAAAGAUCACAAUGGGGUAAUUGAUGUGGAUGAGCUAGACCGAGUGCUGAUAGUGAGCGUGACGGUGUUCACCCCCGGCAAGGUCGAGGAGAUCCUCAAGGAGAUGGACACAGACGGGAGUGGAACCAUCGAGUUCCUGGAGGCUCUCAGUGUGAUGGAGAAACUAUCCCACAACCGGCGGAUAAACCUACCGGAUCAGGUAAAGCACCAACAGGGGAAGGUCUGCUCCGUCCAAUGAUGGCGUGAAGACAGCGCGCAAAUAAAUGUUUGAGAUAUA